CUUGAUCAGUCUUUAUGGUUUUCACGUGUUAUGUACAGGAAGAUUUAUAAAACAGGUCGUCGCGGAUAGGAAAUGGCGAUUGAUCUAUAAUUUAAAAAAGGCGCGAAAGUGAGAUGCGACGGGGAAUCACUACUGCGUGUCAUGAAAAGUUUGAUACACAAUCUAUGCGGCGUAAAUAAAUAGCAAAUAAUCGUUAUAAAAAUACAUGGUUAAGUAAUACAUAAGUUUCAGUAAACAUAAAACCGCUAAAACAUGGAAUCGUUUAAAACAUUUAUGGAUAUUUUUGAAAGAGCUAAAAAAGAAAGGAAUAGCACUGAUCUGACAGAAAUUUUGACAAGCAGUAGAAAGUAUUUUCAGAAUAUAACAAAGGAUGAGAGCGAACUGAUGUUAUCAAUAUUGUUUGACACAAAGAAAGGAUUACUAACAUUUCUGAAUGAAGAACUUACCAAAUCUAAUUCUCAGAGAGGUUUUGAUAAGGCAAUGAAGGAAGCAUUCAGUCUUCUUUACUUUAUUAUAGAACAGUUUAAUGAAGUAUUUGUUCCAUAUAUGAUGCCAACAAAGGAUACAUGCCAACAAGCACUUAUGACACAGUGUUCUGCGUUUGUUCGAAAAGCUGCUUGUAAUGCUUUUGCAAAAUUAAUAGAAAUUUUUAGUGAAUAUGAACUUGAAUUGGAUGAUACUGUAAGAAAGUUUGUAAAUUCGUUUCAUUUACUUAACAUAAAAGAAAGGACUCUAAUCUUUUCUAUACUGAGUACAAUUUUAAAGCACAAUUCAGAAUUGUUAAAUAAAGAAAAGCGUGCUGACAUAAUUUUUCAACGUUUAAGAAAUGAUUUUAUAAAACAGUUUACUCCAUACAAUAUAUCCCGCUCGAUUGAUACCUUUGAAGUAUAUUUGAAUAUUCUUUCUAAUACAUUACAAUGUCUUCCAAAUGAAAUGAUACAAAGAUAUUCUGUGGAAAUAUAUAAUUGGACCAAAGAAUUAAGCGAUCUUAAGAAGUACCACAAUAGAAAAAUUACAUUGAGAGCAGCAAUUAAUUUAUUGAUAUCUAAUAUACAGCAUUUUCGAGAAUUUGUUCAUCGCGAUUAUCAGUUUUGGCAUAAUUUAUUAUUGGCAGUUGCUCAGGAUAAAAAUGUAGAUAAUGCUGCAUGUGGACAAUAUGGGCUACAACGCUUUUACAAAGAAAUUGGACACAUGUUAAAGUCUAGUACUCCUGAUGAUAAUGCAAGUAAAGAAAUGCUCACUUACUUCAAAGAUUUUUUUGUGAAUCGUCUAAAAGUAAAUUCAAACAUAUCACGUUUCAUCGUGUAUGGCUUCAGUCAAAUGGCUGGAGCAUGCAAAAAAUAUUUUGAAGAUAAUUACGUGGAACAGAUGUUUUCGUUAAUAGCUCAUUAUGCGUUGGAGUUUUGUUCCAGGGAUAAUUUAGAUCAAGUUCACUUGGAAAGUGUUUAUAGUUACCAACAGGCUUUAUCUGAAAUUAUAUUACAUAUAAAAGAUCUAUCACUUGAUCAUAUUAAUGUCAUUACAAAACUCAGUAUCUUUUUGAUUAAAAAAUUUCCUGAUCUUUCUCUAAGAAGCCAGAAUUUUGCAAUAGAGUCGAUAAAAGAUGCGAUAAUUAAUAUUGGAACAGUCAAUAAAGAUGUUUUAGAAGAAUUUCUUUACCAUUUAAUUCAUGAUGGUGUAAUAUGGACAUGUUCGCAUACUAUAUUAAUUGAUGCGGAAUUGCAACGAGGAAUGGAAGAUCUUGACGAACGUCCAGUGUGUUACAAAAAUUAUUUACGUUUAUGGACAGAACUUUUAAAGCCAGACGGAUACAAAAAACACAGAAAUCUUGUGCAUCAAGUAGCAGAUUCAAUGAUACAUGUGGGUAUCACAUUGAUGAGUAAAUUAAAUUUGAACACGAAAACAAAGGAAGAUAACAUAUUCUCAGAUGCUGCCUUCUCUCAAAUUGCUGAGAAUAAUGCAGAUUUUAAAAUGUUCGUUAACAUUGUAGAUUUAUACGUUGACAUAAUCAACAGUAUAGAACCUUAUUUGCUAACAAAUACAGUGCAGAGAUUUAUAGUAACGGUUAUUACUAUGUCGUACAAACAUCCUCUAAUAUCAGGCUUUUAUAAAUUAGUGCGCGCACUUUUCAAUCAUGUUUGUGUCUCCAGCUUAGAAGAUAUCGAAGCAGAAGUUUUGGAGUUAUUGUACAAAUAUUUAAUGAAUGUGUUACAUUUGAUCUCCACAUUCUCUAAUGAAUUAUUGACUACAUGCUUAUACCUAAUUCUGAACACACCGAUGCUGUUUGUGAAACGUGUACUAAACAGUACAAUUCCAGCAUUUAAAAUUGCCUGCACUAUCGGUUUAAGCGAUUUGGAAUUAGCACGCACUACUCUGAAUGCAUUAGAAUUAUGGACAAAUACAUUGGACAGCAAGGACACUAACGAGUUUUUACAAGAAGUUGUGCCAUUUUUAGAACCAUAUUUACAAAGCGGGGAAAGUACCACAGAAUUUUUACAAGAUAUCAUAGAAACUGAACGAAAAGUUAUUAAACGCAUAAUGUUAAGAGAUGACAUGGAUACUUUGGAAAGAUUUCAGAUGAGAGUUUUGUUAUUUAUAGCUUCGCUAAACACCGAUAUAAUAUUGAAUUUUAUAUAUAAAAGGUCUAUGAAUGUUGGAGCCACUUGGGAUAAGAAGGAUUUACUCAAGUAUUCAUUGACACUCUCGGAUACCCAAGUGGAUAUUUGUUUCGAUAAAAUUUUACCAAGAUUGAUACUCUUAGCUCAAACUUCUGGAGACAGACGCAUAAAAGUGAGCGCUUGUGAAGUACUUCAUUCAAUAGUAUCAUUUAUUCUUGGUAAAACAUCACAAAACUUAUCGAAAAAUGCUGAUAAAUUUGAUUCUAUAUAUGUAACGUUAUACCCGGCCUUACUUAAUUUGGGUUGCGACUUCGACGAGACACCCAGAAACAUUUUUCAACCAUUCAUGCUGCAACUUACGCAUUGGUUGAGUUCAAAGUUUAUGCUCAAAUCUCCAGCGACCAUACAGUUCCUCGAUUCGCUUUUCGAUGGUUUGAGUAAUGAGUCGAGUUCAUCUGUCAGAGAAUUCUCUGGAAUGUGUUUAGCUGAGUUUACCAACUGGUCCAUCAAACAGGCGGACGAUGAUAAGACAAUACAUUCGAAUAUUGAUGAGGUGAUGUAUAAGAUUACAAAUUUCGCUCUACAUCCUUCUAUGUUCAAACGAAUAGCAGCUGCAACUGCAUUCAAUCACCUUUACACUAUUCUACGCGAGGACGAAAAAAUUGUGUCCAUGUACUGGUUGGAGAUUUUAUAUUGCUUUGUCAGAAGUUUGGAUGGUUGUAACGAUAUUUCAAUUACCACUGCGCUGGAUCACGUUGAAAGAGUUGUGCUAGCAAAAGAUGAUGUACUAAAUGACAAGGACAAAAAUCGUAGGAAACCACACGAAUUUGAAGAUGUAACUUUAACAGACGCAGUAAAUUGGUUGUUCACUCAGUGCGGUUGCUUGGACCAAUGUUGCAGAGCAAAAUGUAUGGAUCUAAUCGUUAAAUUUUCACCAUAUAUGACCGAUUGCGAUUCAGCCAGAACAAUGAUAGAUAAUUAUAUCAGCACCUAUGGAAUUGAAACGUUUAGCGGUAUAAUGUUAAAGGAUCUGAAACUGAAAAUAGAAAGUCUUUCUGCUAGAAGCAUAAUGCCUCUUUUGAGAAGUUUGGAUUGUUACAUUUGGUUAAUCAACAAUGACUUGUUGGAUACAGAACAUUUAUUUGGUAGUUCGAACUCAGAACGAGAAAUAAUUUUUAAUUGUGCUAAGAAUUUUAUUUUCGUAAUGAAUAAGAUUAAAAUAGAAGAGAAAGAUAUAGAUUUUGUGAUAUUGUCGGAGGAACUUGAUGAUUUGCAGACUUUACAGUGUAAGACAAUAACAACCGUAUUUGACUUUCUACAAAUUCUUCUCAAUCUUGAUGAAAGUUUCAUCCCAGAUUUCUUUUUCAACAAGGAUUUGUACGAGUUAAUUGCAAAGUGUAUAAUGUGCCCAUACGUUGUAGGAUUUAAUGCAAAGAAUUUUGAAAUUAUUGAAGCGCUUCCUGUAGUCAUAGGAAAGUUGUUACAAGCUAUUACGGAGAAACCCGAUAAUUCAAUAUGGUUUUUAAUUAAACAAGAACUUUCGACAUAUGUGGAGAAACAGUUAAACCAUUUCUUGGACUUAGAUACCAUUAUUUCUGGCUUCAAUGGUCGCAUUGCACUUAAACAAUAUGUCAAAGGUUUAAUCUUUUUGGAACGUCAUAAUCUUCUUCAGCAAUUAAAUAAUAUAGUAGAAUACAUUCAACAACCAGAAAAUAGAAUUGAACAGAUUUUCAAGAUCUUGGUAAAAGAGCAAAUGGGAGAACUCGUUUGCACAAAUAUUAAAACACCUGUCAAAGAUUAUUUAGAGAUUUUGAUGGAAUUUUUCUUCAUACACUAUAAGUCAUCAAUGAUGAAAACAGUAAUUACAUUGAUGAAGACUGAUACAAUGGUUAUGAAAGACUCAACCCGCAUCAAACAUGGCAUACACUUUUUACACACGUUCAAGAAUGAAAUAUUUAAAUACAUGUUAAUGGCUCCAAAAGAAACUAUAGAAAUGUUAAUUGAUUUAUUGCAAGGAGAUCCAUUUAUUUUGUUAACGAUAACGGAGCAAUUAUUUUUGUUUGUAAGACUUCAUAAGAAGGAAUUGCAUGAUAGUACACAGACAUUAGUGAACAGUGUCAUUACAAAAUUUACAUUAUUCGAAAAACUUAUAAAUAACUUUGAAGACAGGAAGCAGAAAGUAAUAAGUAUUUUUGGAAUUGCGGUACAUUUGAUGGUCAAGCCAACAGAAGUGUUUUCCUUGAACAAAGAUUUUUAUGCAUGGAUUCUUAAUCAGUUGGUAGAAAAUUCUGACACGCAGUACAAAAUUCAUAUUCUUCAGAAUUUCCUUGUUUGUCUAACUGAUAUGACAUCUGGCGCAAAACCAGAGUUACUUGUUAUUUUACGCAAUUUAAAAAACUGCAGAGAGAGUGCAAGUCAAAGUGACUUGAAUCAAAGAAACAUAGAAGCUUUAAAAAUAACGAAUUAUUUCCAAACGCUGUUAACGUUAUUACCAGUUACUAAAUCAAUCGUAGUGUACGAGACUGUAAUUUUAUUCGCAGCUGGGAUUGCUGAAAAAUUAUGCAACGAAAAGACUACCGAAUAUGUACAAAAGUAUUUCAGUUCACUCAGCGCCGAAUAUGUUGUGGAGUCGAUUAAAUCAGUGUACAAACUGUUCAUGAAAAAUGCACCGAUCAAGGAUAGGUUUGAUAUAUUGAACAAUUUUCUUACACCGUCGUUUAACUUUUGUAAAGUUACUGAGAUACGAGAAUUCUUUGAAAGAAAUAUCAAAGAAAUACACACAACAAUUUGCGGAACUCUUAUUGGAAAUAGCUCUGACAUACAACAGCUUGUAGUAUCAAAAAUAGGAUGCUACGAUCUUAUUAAUGUGUUGUUUGGGAAAAUAGAGUUAGAUGAAAUAGACAACGAAGAUAGUCUAAUUACCAGAAAUGCCAUAGAAAAUGUUGUUACGGGCAGAGAACUCAUACAGAGUUUGUAUGGCACUAUAUUAAACAUACGUACGUUAAAAACGCCUGAUCCUGAACACACAGAGAUAAUGAGAUUGUUGCAUUGUUCUGCGUACAAUUGUUGCAUAACUAUUCUCUGUGCUUUAAAGAAAGACGAAGACUCGUUCAUAAGUAUCUUUGCUGAGAAUAGAAACAAGCGACAGUUAAUUUGGGAAAACAUCAUAGACUGCAGGAAGAAAUACGAAUUCAAGCAAACGGUUAAUGAACGUCCAAAAUAUUACAAGAAGUUGAUUAAUAUAAGACAAAGAAUAAACCAAAGAAAUGCGUCUAAACAACAGUCAUAUUUGUACAGCAAUGAUUUUUCUACUUGUACUUUAAACGAAGAUAUAAAUGCCUAUGAUUUUAAUGAAACUGUUAUAAAUAAAGCAUCUGAUAAUAAAGAGGAAAGUAUGAGCUUAACAUUUGAAAGUGAUGAACUGAAUAAUCAUGAAUGUAUGGCAUCUAUCUGUGGAGUUUUAAAUUAUAUAAUAGCAGAAAAAAUAUCUAUACCAUCUGAUAGCGAUGACACAAUGCCAAAGUGGCUAAAGGCCUUCCUCAAUUCUAUGGUGUCAACAAGUUAUAAUAACGUAAGAUUAUUCAUGCUGAAAAUUGUCUUUAAUGUGCAAGAUGUGUUUAAGCAUUACAUAAAGUUCUUGAUGGAACCAACAAUGUAUACGGUGUACACAUAUUUGAGAGAGAAUGAAUUAAACUACAUUAUUCUUGACAUUAUACAGAUGUUGAUAGAUUGGCAGAGCAAGUGUAUAGAAAAGUCGCUUGAAAUCGAGUUUAAUGAAAACAAUGGCAAGCUAGUAGUACAGCAGUUAUGGGAAAUCAUGAUUGAAAAGGUAGUGGUAGAAAGAACCAAUAAAGUUCCUAAAAGUAUCUACUUAUUUAACAUGGACAUGAUAAAAACGAUGCUCACAGUCUGGGACAAAUAUUUGAAGGUACCUGCAAAUUUAGAGAAUAAAAUGAAAAGUGCUCCUGCAUCCACAGUCUACUUAAUACUUAUUUGUUUGACCCAUGGAUUAAAGGAGGACAUUGUUGAAAGAAACGAUGUCAUAGAAUUUUUAGAAAAUUCACUGGAACAGUGGCAAGCUGACGAACAAACAGUUUUGCACACCUGUAAGUGCCUUGGUUUAAUUUUAAAGUCUGUAGAAGAUAAUGAGACCGUGACAGAACGGAUAACUGAAAAAAUUCGAAAAAUAUUCAGACAAAUGCAACUGAAAUUUGAAAGCAGGCAAGUAAAAUGCAUUCUUGCACUGUGUCAAAGUUAUCAGAAAGCAGCUGUAAUUUAUUUUGAAUUUGUUGCUGCAGACAUAUUCAGAGUGGAUGCUUUGGGACGGUCGAAUUGCCUAGAAAUAUUUUUACACUCCAUACCAAAUCUUAGUGCAGACCAGAUAAUAAAAGAACUAUCUCAUAUGAAGUUUAGCGAGAUCUUGAUGAAUAAGAUUUCGCUCUGUGAGGAAGUAGCACUGAAAAUUAUUAAUUCUUUGAUUCCCAUACUUCCACCAUCAAAUGUUUUGCCAUUGGUAAAUUUAGUACCGCCAUAUACAAAGAAUAACUCUUCAAAAUUCAGGGAACUAGCUUACAAUAUAUGUAUGGAAAUUUAUCGUAAAUAUGCUACCGAUGCUUCUGACGAAGUCUCGGACAACAGUAUAAAAGAUCUGAUGCUUCUCAGCACAGAAAUUUUGCUGAAUGCUGUUCUAGAUCCCUCUGACACGUUACAACCCAAAAUACUAAACUUUUGGACAGAAGAUGACCGAUUAACAGAUACCUGUAAACAAAGACUACUUGAAAUUCUCUCCAAAUACACUCCUGCUGUUAGCAGUAACUUUUUGCCAUUCAUACUCAUGAUGAUUUUAGACCUUACCAAGAAAUCUAGCAAUUACAACGAGAUACUGUUUGAACCUUUACAUAAUUGUAGUUACAGAGACUACAAAGUAGCAAUAUCAUGGAGAACCAGAAACUUAGGAUCAAAAGCUCCACUGUUUGCAGCGACCUUAACCAGUCAGAUGAAUCAAACGUUCACUACACAAAUAACCGAUACGUGGACUUAUAAUUCUAAUGCUGAAAUGGAACUUCAAGCGACUCAAGAGCCUGAAUUUGAGCCAACUUAUAUGGAUGAUCAAUUUGAUGCGCCAGAUGAUCCAGAUGAUGGCGUGUUUAAGAUACCAGAAAUUCCAGCCAAGUAUCAGGUCAAAACGACUCCACGAUUUCUACGUCACUCAAGUGACGUCUCUGCGGAUAUGAGAAAAAAACAGAUUUCAAAGAACGUACGUCGCUUCAGAAUGUUAAGAGAAGAACACGCACGACAAAGGAGCAGCAUCAAAUUGUACCGAAAAUAUAGAGUAGGUGAUUUUCCAGAUAUUGAGAUAUCACAUGCCACGUUGAUCGAGCCACUGCAACAGUUGGCCAUAAAGGAUCAACAGAUUUGUAAAGACUUGAUAGUUUCUAUCGUUUGCUCGUUACUCAAGGAGCGCAGACAAAACGAUUUUGUAGAACAGGUUGCAAACAGUUUAAAAGGGAUCAUUCAGAAUGGACAAGGGAGUUCUGUCAUGAGUGCGAUUUUGGAGAUACUGUUGGAAACUCGUGUGAUAGACUGCUCGCCGGAAAUUAUUACAAAAGCCUCAAGAUCCAACAAUUUGAACUUCCUUGGAUCACUUGUUCUGGAGGAAAACAUAAUUCAUGCUGUGGAGGAUACGUCUGGGCCGCCUAGGAAGAAAUCACGAACCCCUGUUGUUAUUGAUUCGUCAUCUGAAUGGCUGCAGUUGACGAAUCUUUAUGAAUCACUGAAUAACGUGGAUGUGGUCCUCAGCAUUUUUCAACAUCAUAUCACAGAUGAAGACAUACGGACUGCAUCAUUUGCACAAAUAUCGAAUAAUUGGCCGAAAGCGAAGACAGCGUACGAAAAAGCGUACGAAGUGGAAUCAGAGUUGGUCAAAGAACAUUGUCUGCAAGGUUUGUUCGAAUGUUUGAGCAACUUAUGCAAUUGGGACGAAGUCGAUAAGCAUAUAAAGAAGAGAUUAAACGGAGAUAUAAAUAAUAUUUGGAACGAUUCGUGGAAAGAUUGGAUGUUCCCGUGGUUGUUUGAGGUAUACGCCCGAAAAUUGGUCAAUAAUAACUACGAUGACAGCUUCAGAGACGAUAUAGUUAACGUGGAGAAUUGGUUGAACGAUGAGGUAAAAGUAAAGCACAUCAAACGAUUCUUUGGAGAGGAAUCAUCGAUGCUCUUCCUGCUGAACAACAAGUUGGAAGUUUCCAAUGAAUUUUUAAUAAACACUUUGGAUGAGAUGAAGGAAGAGUGGAUCGGGCUUCACCCACUAGCCACCCAACUCAGAAUCCGCAAAUUAGAAAAACUGCGAAUAAUCGGUGAUAUCAGUCGAUACAUAAAGGUCUUGAAAACGAUAGACAAUACGGACGACAUGGACACUACCUUGAAGAUUUGGAACAGCAGUGUACCCUCGCCUCAAGACGCUUUGCUUCCAUGGGACAAAUUAAUAUCCUAUAGAACAUGCUUCAUCAACUCGGUGCUCCGUGAGAAAUUAGAAAAGUCCUCACCGGAUUCGAUGGACUACACUAUGGAUGAAGAGAGUGGAAUCGUUCAGAAAUUGCAGAUGAUUACCUUCAAUAUGCGACUGAAAAUGGUCGAGGCGUCCUUGAACCAGAAACACAGAUACAUAGCGAAGAGAUAUUUGCAAGAAAUAGAGCAGAACCAAUUAUCAAACGACGAUAGUCUGCACCAGUUCUUGUUAACGGGUGCGAAGCUGAAAUACUUAAUGGGAGAACUCGAAACGAAUGUGAUGAAGAGAUCGUCAAAUUACACCUCAUCCUGGAAACACUGUCAUAAUCUUCUGCAGAAGGAUAAUAUAAGCCCUAUUGUUCACGUCAACGUUAGAAGACAAAUUAGUAACAUAGCAUCCAGACUCGUGAAACUGAGUGAAGAGGACGAAUCGUUUGCAGCAUUAUUGACGACCAAUGAAACUAUUUUGAAAGAUCUAAACGCUGAGAACUGUGAGCUGGCCAAGAUCAAGGAAUCCUUGGAAAGCUACAGCUUCAGUAACUUGUCCAAAUGUUGCGAGAUGAAGACGCAGAACAGAGCCGAGAGCUAUUACGUAUUUGCGAAGUACUGUUAUGAAAAAUUAUCACGAGGCACGAAAGAUGUUCAGGUGAUUAGAGAGUUUGUUAGGUUCACUCUGAAAGCAAUGAAACAUGGAUCUUGCGAAGCAGUUCACUAUUUCCCUUGCUUGCUGAAAACCGAGUACUUCGAAGAUCAAGAAACGAUAGACGUUUUCAUGAAACAUACUGAACAUAUUCAGACAUGGUUGUUCCUUUCGUGGCAGGCUCAAUUGUUCUCGCACUUAGGAACAUCUAUUGCACCAUUGAUCCUGCCUAUUCUCAAACGAAUCGCCGAGACUUAUCCUGAUGCUAUUAUCUAUACGUUCCAUUUGACCAUGGAAACGAACCCUUCUCUCUUGAACGAUGCCAGAACAUACGCGAUCAGAGAAAUUCUUUACAACAGACCCUGGGUCGAACGAUUUUUAGCAGCCAUGCAGUAUGUGGUCCAACCAGAGCUAUAUUUGCAACAUUACUUGGCAGAGCUAAUUAAGAAUUUGCCGCGUGGACCGGCCACGGCUAUAGAUACAUUCAUGAACAAGGUAUAUCCAAAUGUACGUACAACCAAAGAUAGCAUAAAACCAGGGUCCAUCUUCAACGAGAUUGCAAAAUACAAGACUCAGAUAAAGGCACUGGAACGUAAGAGUGCUGAUGAAAUUAAACGACAAAUAGCCAAAAUGGUUGAAACUGUUAAGGAAUCACUUAAUAGACGUAAGAGCAGAUUCAAACUACUGGAUUACAGUCCAUGGUUGUAUAAUUUUUCUGAUAAAGACAUAGAAAUACCUGGGCAAUAUACAGGUAAUAAGAGACCUGUGCCUCAGAAUCAUGUAAAGAUCAUCAAAAUGGAUCCUAGCGUGAAGGUGAUGCAGUCAGUAAGGAGACCAAUCAGGAUUACCAUGCUGGGUAAUGAUGGUAAAGAGUAUCAUUUCUUAGCAAAGUUCGGAGAGGAUUUGAGACAGGAUCAAAGAUUGCAACAGCUGUUCUCAACUAUGAAUAAAAUAUUGCACGUUGAUCCAGCUUGUAGGCAGAGACAGCUGGCUAUUGAUACUUAUCAGGUGAUCCCUCUAUCUAUGACUGUAGGUCUGAUACAAUGGGUAAAUAACACAAGAUCUCUACAAGAGUCAAUAUACUUUACAUUAUCAAAGCAAGAGACGGACCGAAACGAUAACAUACCUAAAGAAUAUGCAAAAUGGAUACAAAGUGCAGCAAACUCUGGAAGACAAUUCGAAUGGUACAAGGAGGCAGUAAGGAAGUAUACUGCUUCGAAAGUGACUGCCAAAAUGAAUGAACUUAUCAAUAAAACAAAAUGGGACGGUUUACGUAAAACAUUCAGUAUUCUGUGUCCAACCGUAGAAGGCUUUGUUACAAUGCGCCAGAAUUUUAUCACUUCUUAUGCUACUAUGUGCAUUGCACACUGGAUAUUAGGUAUUGGUGACCGACAUUUAGAGAAUACACUGAUCAAUGUCGAUUCGGGGAAAUGUUUAGGUAUUGAUUUUGGGCUAGCCUUUGAUGCUGGCGUUGAUCAAAGGAUACCCGAAUUAAUGCCUUUCCGGUUAACGCCUCAGAUUCUGGGCUUACUGAAACCGUUCACAGAAACAGAUCUUUUAGGCGCGACAAUGAUUCAUACAUUGCGUGCAUUAAGAAAUGAACAAGGGCCUAUUUUGUCCUGUAUGGAUGUGUUUGUUCAUGAACCACUAAAUUGGACUGAACACAUCAACAAAACAUUGAAGGAAAAUGAAGAGGAUAUAGCAGAUGUAAAAUGGGUACCAAUGAAGAAGAUUGAAGCGGUUACGAAAAAGUUGAAUGGCAUCAAACCAUCUUUAAUUACAAUAGACCAAUUAAAAGAACAACAUAACGAUAAAUAUUUCAAUAGAUAUUGUGCCAUAGUUACUGGGGAUGACGAUAUUAAACGAAGCCGAGCUAAAAUGAAAGAUAAUUUCUUAACUCCAGAAGAACAGGUUGAAUGCUUGCUGGAUCAAGCGACUGAUUUAAAUGUUUUGGGCAGAACAUUUGUAGGAUGGAAACCAUGGCUUUAAAAUAUUUAAUUAUAUGUUUGAACUUCAUUUAUAUUUAAGAUCAGUAUUAUUUUAAAAGUAAAUACGAUACCGGGCAAAAUCAUUUUUAACUUUCUUAAUUUUGUGAAUAAGUACUGUGCGAAUGGAAUAAUGAAAUCGAUUUUUAAUAUUAUACGACUAAACUUACACAGUAGUGAAUACAUUCGUCCUUUUUUAAUUAAGAGAUUUGAAUUUUUUAUCGAAUUUUUAAAUUGAUAUAUACUAUAUUU